AUGUUCAAUGUAAUAGAAUGUGGAAUGGGGCAUGUGCUUAAUGAAAAAUUGCUGCUUCAAGGUUCUGAAGGCUUUUACACAGUCAUGGAGACAUUACAAAAUCAAAAUUUCAUGAGGAGAACAAAGGAAUUAAUAGACAAGUCAGUGGUGCGGGAUUCAAAUGAGAG